GACUUGUUUGAUCAGCUGCUUUUACGGCAUAUUGUAAACACCCCGGUGCAGGGAGGAUACUUUCUUAUUUAAUUUAAUAGGAUUUUGGCUGCAAGAUGUUCCCUGCCUCCGGGGGUUUUAAGGCGGCGCCCAGGGCUACCAAGAUCAUUAGGUUUGCCUUGCACGGCUGCACCAACAGGCCCUUCUAUCACAUCGUUGUAAUGACGAAGAAAAGUCCUCGUCAGGGCCAUGUUAUAGAGCAGGUGGGCUCCUACGACCUGAUGCCGAAUGUCCACGGCGAGAAGCUGGUGGCCCUCAACACUGAACGUAUCACCCACUGGAUCGGCGAGGGGGCGCAGAUCACUGACGGUGUUGCUCAGCUGCUGGGUAUGUCUGGGCUGCUCCCCAUCCACCCUUCCUUCUACAUGAGGGCCUGGCGCAACAGACGCAAGGCCAGCGCUGAGGAGCAGGCUCAAGAAGGUUCAUAAAGCCAGGGUGCAGUGCAAAGCCGAGGGGGCUGUUUUUGUACAGAAAACUAAGAAAUCUUGUAAAAACAUGCAAUAUGUAGAUUGUACAGAUGUAUAUGUGUAGUGACAUUAUGGAGUAAAGUUGAGGGCAUGCGCUUCAACUGCACAGGACUUUGGUGCUCAUCUCUGUCACUUUGUCCUGUUAGAGUGUGGCUGGUAAUAACCCACAACCUCAGGACACAGGGCCAGUGUGACAUUUGGGUUACGACAGUUUAACCUCCCUGGGCACCCAUUUAUCGGCCAGCCCAAAAGGGAAAAUGAAUAAUUGGGUGGGCUGUGCAGUGACUGCCCAGGCUAGGGUGAAGUUUUUACUUUUGUCAGUGACCUGCAGUCCUCUUAUUCUUUUCCCUUCUCCUAGGAAUGGAGUUCAUCUCACAGCUAAGAAUGAAAAAUUUUGUAAAAAGGUUCUUAAUCAUAAUUACAACAAAUCUUUUAAGUCUGAGCUUUUUAACAUGAAGCAAUGUGUUACUUGCUUUGUGUGUUAGAUCUGGAAAAAGUCUUCUAAGUCUGAUGAUAAAAAAAGAUGCUCUAACUGUUAUACAUGGAAGACAUUUGUAUUAAAUAAAAGAAAAUAUUGUGAAA